AGCCACCUACGGCAGCCUACUACGGGACAUGUCACACUACUACUUUGACGGACAGGGGAAGGCUUUCCGGCCAAUGGUAGUGCUUUUGAUGUCACGUGCCUGCAACUUUCACCAUGGCGCCGCUGAGAAUAGCUUGGCGCUCCCCUCCCAGAGAAGGAUAUCCAUGAUAGCGGAGAUGAUCCACACGGCCAGUCUGGUACAUGACGAUGUCAUUGACGAGGCGGACACCAGGAGAGGGAAGGCGUGUGUCAGUUAUCUUCACGGACAGAGAAAGGCUAUUCUUACAGGAGACUACAUACUCACUGUCUCCUCCAUGGCUCUGGCUGCCAUUGGAAACAAAGAUGUCGUCAUCCUACUGUCUCAGGUCAUUGAGGACCUGGUCAGGGGUGAGUUUAUGCAGUUAGGCACUAAGGAGGACGAAGAUGAGAGGUUUGCCCACUAUCUGAAGAAAACUUUCAAGAAAACAGCAAGUCUACUGGCUCACAGCUGUAGAGCAGUGGCUGUUCUCUCUGGGAGCUCUAAGGAUGUACAGGAGGUUGCUUACCAGUAUGGGAAAAACCUGGGCAUUGCCUUUCAGUUGGUAGACGACAUGCUGGACUUCAUGUCAACUGAGGAGCUGAUGGGAAAACCAACAGCAGCGGACCUGAAACUGGGCCUGGCCACGGCUCCUGUACUGUUUGCUGCAGAAAAGUAUCCAGAGCUGAAUGCCAUGAUCAUGAGGAGGUUCAGUGAACCAGGAGACGUGGAAUUGGCCAGGGAAGCAGUUACAAAGACGGACAGUUUACAACAGGCCAGGAUACUAGCAGAGCAGUACUGCAGGGAGGCUGUCCGGCAGAUACAACAGCUAGCUCCCUCCCCUGAGAGGGAAGCCUUAGUUACAUUAACUCAGAAAGUUUUAAACAGAAAGAAAUAACAUAGGAAAUAUCACCUUUAUAUUAUUCUGUAUAUUAUAAAUGAUAGUUUUCAUAGUGUUUAAGAUGUUGUCAAUGUUGAAGAUAUGUCAUAUAGCAAGACAAUGUUUUUGAGAAGGAUCGACUAUCUUGGCUUAUUUGAACAUUGAUUUGUAAAGUCUUCCUUUGCAAUUUGAAAUAAGAUGUUCUAAAGUACUUAAAGCCGAAGAUGUAUUUGACACACUCACUGUUUCAGAUAUUGUCUGUUUGUUAGGCAAGGGCUAGACAUGCUAGAACAUAGAUGUUGAGGCUUGAUGGCAACUUGCCCAUAGUCUCUAUCUUUAGGGUUUGCACUGUGCAGCAGGGCUCGAAAUACCACCUGCAUAUGCAGGCUAGUGCAGGUGAAAUUGGAGCUGUGCAGGUGUUUCUGGUGUCUACCUGCACCUAACCUGCACUGGUCCAUGCACUGGGUUUCUACAUAUUGAUGACUCAACUAUGAUGAACUCUGAUGUAGGUGUAUGUUGAUUUUUACUAGCUGCAUUGACUGUUACCACCUAUGAAGUAUAAAAGAAAUAAUAGCAAUGGUUUCUGAACAGUUUUUAGUAUGAUCCAUACUUAAUAAAUUCUGAGUGGUGCAAGCAAAAUUUGUCUGGUGCAGGUAAUUUCUAAUGUUGCUUGCACCAGUGCAGGUAUACAGAAAAAAGUAUUUCGAGUCCUGGUGUUGGCUGUGUCAAAUGGGCCCCCUAUUAUUCAUCUGUGAUCAAAAUCAAACCUCAGUCAUUCCUAAGCCUCUAUUAUUACAGAUUCCAUAUUCUUCAAGUCCAGUUGCCACUUUUUGUCUUAUGCAUAUGUAUGAAGUAAGCAAGCUGAUAGUAUAGCACAAUCUAUUUGCCUGAAAUGAAUUUUUAUAAUAAUUCUGGGGGGAUAGACUUGUGAGUUUAUGAAAUGUUGAACAUUGACCACUUAAUACCAAGGCAUAUGUUGUACAUUUUGUACCAGAGAAAG